CUGAGAUAGUGUCCCGCAACGUGCUGCUCUCUACUCUACUCUACUGAGAUCUCUCCUUCUUCUUUCCUCUCCCACAGAGGUCUAGCUCUCUCUGGGUCUUUCAUGUUACCGAUGGAAAUGAAUCCCUGCCCUGUUGUUCAUCAAAGUAAAGCUGGUACGUUCUGGGUUAAGAAGGAGUACAGUAUAGCAUGUCUACUGUGUAGUUGUUUUAUUUAGUAGCAUUAUCAUCAUCAUCAUCAUCAUCAUCCACGAUCCCACUCACUCUCGCAUCAGUACGCCGAGGACCGUGAUCGUGAAAACUUAAACCGUGAUCGUGACCAUGGCUGCGAUAAAAGAAAAUUAUUAUACGGGUUUCCAUACAUUUGAAAAACUUUCGGACACCGUUGGUUUACCUGUUGAUCAGCUUGGAAUUUAUCAAUGGAAAAACAUGUGGAAGGGUCUGUCAAAAUCCUACAUUAUAUUGAUUGUCACGUGUAACGUUUUAAAAAAAAAUAAAAAUAGAACACAAAAGAUAAUUUAUGGUUUUGGUAAACGAAAUUUUAAAAAUAUUAAAAGACCCCCUAGAGUUUAAAAGACAAACUUUGUGCUGAGUCAAUUCACCGCAUUAUUUUUUGCUGGAAUUUUACGAGUUUUCCUGAAACCAGGAAAUGUCAGACCGGCAACUCGACAUCUGUUUGGUCUUGUCAUCGGAUUACUGCUGGGAUAUUUUUGUUUUGGCAAACAAGCUGCUCAUUUAGCAGGACUUCCGGCGCUAUGUUUCAUUGCAAUGCGUACUCAAGACCCACGAUGCGUACAAAGAGUUGUCCUUACUCUGGCACUUGGUUACCUCUCGUGUGUGCAUUACUACCGGCAAAUUUAUGCCUACGGUUCAUAUACACUUGACAUUACCGGUCCGUUAAUGGUUAUAACGCAAAAAGUUAUUGGACUGGCGUACAAUAUUCAUGAUGGGUUUACAAGAUUAGAAAAAGAUUUAACGCCUUUGCAACGGCACCAAGCUGUUAAAAUAAUGCCAACAACUUUGGAAUACUUUAGUUAUAUAUUCCACUUUCAAGCAUUGAUGGCUGGUCCAGUAAUAUUUUACCGUGACUAUAUGGAUUUUAUAAAUGGAACUCGUUUGAAAGGAGGAAAAUCAUUUUCUGGAUUUUAUGCUGAUUCAUCAAAAGAACUUGAAGAAAUAGUACUAGAGCCAUCGCCAACAAAAGCUGUUAUAAAAAAAAUAACGGCAAGCUUGAUAUUCGCAGUGUUAUUCGUGUCAUUCAGCUCAUUGUUCCCGAUCCAACGAGUUAAAGACCAAGACUUCCUUGAGAACACAACAAUUUUUUACAAAAUAUGGUACCUGAUGAUUUCAAUGUUUUUUAUACGCUGCAAGUAUUACUACGCGUGGUUAUUCGCCGACGCAAUAUGCAACAACUCGGGUAUGGGUUACAAUGGGAUUGGCGAAGACGGUAACCACCGUUGGGAUUUAAUUGCGAAUGUACAUCCACUUAAAUUCGAGCUGUCUUCGUGCUUGAAAGACGCGAUUUCUGCGUGGAAUAUCGGAACCAACCGAUGGUUGAGAAUGAUCGUCUAUGACAGAAAUGGACCGUGCAAAGUUUUUGCUACAAAUGGUCUUUCUGCGCUGUGGCAUGGAUUUUAUCCUGGUUACUACCUCACUUUUGCUACUGGAGCACUUUUUACAUACGCCGCACGUUCCGUCCGCCGGCAUAUCCGGCCCUAUUUUAUUGGAAGCAAACCAAUGAAAUUUUUUUACGAUGUGCUGACAUUUACUGCAUCUCGCAUAUCUAUGGCCUACCUCGCAUUUAGCUUUGUGCUGUUAGAAUUUAUACCAAGUGUUAGAGUUUAUACGUCAAUGUACCUGAUUCCACAUUUGCUUGCCCUGGCAGCAAUUUACCUAUUGCCUUUACUUCCGUUACGACAAAGUCAAAACAACUUGAGUGAACCCUCGGGCAAUGGUCAUGUGAUAAAUUGCAUCACCAAUCACCAACCGGAAGUUCGUAAUGGAACAUCAAAAAAUAAGACCGAGUAGGAAACAUAAACCGUAACCAGUGUUCUUUACCUAAAUUAUUAGUAUAUUUAUUGUCUAUAUAUAUAUAUAUAUAUAUAUAUAUAUAUAUAUA